AGAGGGACAGCUCCAUUCACAGGGCUGGGCAGGCUGGCAGGCGAAGCGCAGAAGGAGCGGCAAAACACCACCACAGACGUAGUGUGGAGCCCAUAUGAUGGUCUCGCACUGAGAAUUAACAGGCCAGCUUAAACCGCACCGUCAUUCUCAGCCUCUUCGACGUCUCUUGUGCCCCCUUCUCAAGCAGAAACCAUCCCCUCAGGAAUGGAAGUGCCAUCUCUUGCCUGAAAAUUGGAGGUCCCAUCCUAUUCUCGCCCUAACCUGCCGCGGAAAUAGACCGACUUCCUCCUCGCCGCCCGGAUCACCGCUGCCGCAGACCGGCUACUCCACUCGGCUCAUUUAACCCAGACCGUCGGCGGACUUAACUGAUUCCGGCAUCUGGACACAUCGGAACUGGUCUGCCGUCGUUGUACAUAACGUGCCUGUGUGUGCUUUUGCUGCCUGUAUAAUGCCGACACAUUUGCGGUUCCGGAGAAGGUCAUUCCUUGGGCUUUUAUUCCUUUUUUCACUGUCCACCUCGGCAUUGUAUUUCAUCUACUCCGCCCCCGGAAUCGUGAAUGAGUAUGUGUUCAUGGUCCAAGCGAGAGGGAUCCAGAUCAGAGAGAACGUGAAGAACAUUGGUGCUCAGGUCCUAGAGCAGGUGGUGAGAGGAGCCUACAGCAUCAAUGGCACAGAUUAUACAUAUGAUUUCAACUUCAGUGAGAGCGAUGCUCCUCCCACCACAUUCCUCCCUGAGGACUUCACCUACCUCCCCUCGCAGGUUUGCCCUGAGAAACUGCCCUCCAUGAAGGGCAGGUUGGAAGUGAACAUGAGCGAGGUUUCUCUGGAGGAGGUGGAAAGGUCUGUGCUGGAGGGAGAGAGUAUGAUGGCCCCGGGAGGAUACUGGAAGCCCAAAGACUGUUUACCUCGCUGGAAGGUGGCAAUCCUAGUUCCAUUCAGAAACCGACAUGAACACUUGCCCAUCCUCCUGAGGCACCUGGUGCCGGUGCUGCAGAAACAGAGACUCCAGUUUGCCUUUUAUGUCAUAGAGCAGGGGGGCACAGAGCCAUUUAACAGAGCCAUGUUGUUCAACGUGGGCUACAAGGAGGCUAUGAAAGACCUGGACUGGGACUGUCUGGUCUUCCAUGACGUAGACCACCUCAUGGAGAACGACAGGAACUACUACGGCUGUACAGACAUGCCCCGGCACUUUGCGGUUAAACUCGACAAAUAUUCCUACAUGCUUCCUUAUAAUGAGUUCUUCGGCGGUGUCAGUGGCCUCACGGUGAAGCAGUUCAAAAAGAUAAAUGGAUUUCCUAACGCUUUCUGGGGCUGGGGAGGAGAAGACGAUGACCUCUGGAACAGGGUGCGGUUUGCCAAUUACACAGUGAGCAGACCUCAUGGAGAGCAGGGACGCUACAUGUCGAUCCCACAUCACCAUCGCGGAGAAGUCCAGUUUCUGGGAAGGUAUAGUCUACUACGUCACUCAAAGGAGAGACAGAAAGUGGAUGGUCUUAACAACCUGAACUACUCCCCCCUAGUGACCAGGAGGCCUCUCUACACUAACAUCACAGUCAGCUUGAGCAGACAGCUGGCACCCAUAGCCGACUACUGACGUAGGCAAAGCUGGACUGCAAAACACCUGGGAAUCAAAGUCCUCUGGGACGUCAGCCAUAUCUCACCAGUUGCAGCACUGCUUAGGACUUUUUAGUUGAUUAUUUUUUUUUCCUUUCGGCUUUGUUUUUUUGGUUUGUCUGCAAAAAACGAAGACUCAAAUAAGUAUGUUUGAUGAAUCAUAUAAGAAAAUAAGGAUAAAUGCUGCACUUGUUCGUGCCACAGUCCAUCACUCCUCUCAUCUGGGCUUAUCUAGACUUCAGUCUCCACAUGCCUUUUGCACCAUUUUGGCCUUCAGCAUCCAUUCAUUGAUUCAUUUUCCUCCGCUGUCCACGAUUAGCCCCGCCCCUGCGCUACUGUGCUUGACUAUUAAAGUAAGCUAUGAUACACAUGCACAUUCAAGUGCAUGCACACGCGACACAUGCACGCACAAAAGAGUUUGACUUACAUGCGCUGACAUGGCCCUGAGGCUUUGAUUUUUACUUUUCUCCUGCACUUCUUAUUUCAUAAAUGCAGUAAACCUGUGAAAACAUUUGCAUGCACGCACACACACACACACACACACCACCACACAGCAACUUACACCGAGUGGACUCUUGCAGCUGGCUCUGCAUAAGGUAUGCCAAAUCUACAAGUGAAGAAAGGAAGAGAAGAAGAUAUAAAGAGUGAGUGUUUUGAGUCAUAUGUGUUGUAUGUGAAAUAGUCUAAUCUAAGUUCAGAGAAUAUUAAUUCCUUAAUCAUCUCUUACUUGCUGUAUUUUGUCCUUUGAACAUACCAUUUAAAAGACUGUGAUGUUUGUGUUCGCAUAGUUGCAUUGAAACGUUCUGGCUGCCUACAAGUGACUGUAUGUUAUGAGUGCAGCGCUCAUCUUGUUAGCAAUAAGCUGUAAUACCUGACAGCAGAACUUAGCCCUGACUUCCUCACCAUACCGAUGCAAUAGCAUGGGUGCUAGCAUACCCUUAUUGGACUACAGAGAAGAAGUGACUGUGUAUGCAAACUUCGCAUUCAACUCAACUUUGCCUAAGCAAACAUACCACCCUUUUCAGAACUUGCGUGUCUGCGUGCAUGUCUGUGUGUAAGUGAGGGAGAGCUAUGCAAAUGGCCUGCAUGUGUCCUGCUGUCAGUACUAGGUUAGCGGGGUGACCUCCGGGAGACUUCUUCUCUGAAACCCUGGCAGGCUGACUUCGGACCUCACUUUGCUCGCGGAGUGUAAAUCCUGGCCAGGGAGAGAUAAACAGUUGCCGUUUUAUUUUUUACACCCCACAUCCCUUAAUGUUUACUCGCCAUCAUUAUUAAAGAAGAGAGUUGGAGGUAGAGAAUACUUGAUUGCUGUCACUGUCACUGGUGUUUACAGAAGCUUUCGCUUUGUUAUUUUUUUCACAUUGUCUAGCAUUUGCAGUACUGUUAGCCAGCCCUCCACCACCUUGGGUUCUGUGAAAAUUCUCUCUCUUUAACAACCAAAUGAUGACUUUAACUGACACUUCUUAAGUUUGGAUAGGAGCAAGUAGAUUUGAAUGCUCAUCUUAGGUGUCAACUGCUAACCACUGAUUAGCUUUGCUAAUCUGUGGCAAGGCUUUUGCUUGCAAAGUGUUAUUUUUUUUUUUUUUGGUUUUGUUUUUGUGGCAUGCAGCUUGACGCUGUGCACUGACGCAGACUGACAGCGCUCUGGCAGUACACAGCGGCGUAAUUCUCCCCUCUGAUUUGUGCGUUUGACAGUGUUGAUUCUGAUUAAAACCCGAUACUGUAUAUGUAGAUCCUUAAAACAAAAAAACAAAAAAAAAAAAAUCAUACAGACAUACUCUCCUCACUGUCUGUCCUCUGGUCAUGCAGCUAUAUCAUUUCACACAAAUCGCCUUGUAUGCAUUUCUUAAGAUGUAUCUUUUGGGGAAACCGUGGGUGGUUGACAAAACGUUGUGUUCCCACAAAGAGAUAACAAGUGAAGAGGCUGGACCUCGUUUUAUUUAUUUGAUGGAUUAUUUUCGUUAAUUGUUUUUAGUUUUUAUUUUUCUCUCGGUUGAUGUGAUGAUUUAGUAGGUGACAUAUGGCAGGCUGUGUUAGAUGCACUGAAUUAUAGUUGUGUGUAUUUGUGUGGGAUUGUGAGGUUCAGGUCUGUGUAAGUGGGGCUGUUCCAUUUCAUUCAGAGGCAGAUUCCCUCUUCAGAAACGACACAAAUCGCUUGUUCUAAUGAAAUGGAAUGAGACCUGUAGCCUGGUGUUAUUAACUUUUUGAACAGACACGUUGGAGGACGCCAUUUUGUGUGACAACCGCAGGAAGAGCAAGACGCAGAAUCAGAAAACGCUAGCGGCCGCCGUCUUUCACCGAUCACCUCCGAUAUAUUAAUUGAUAAUCAAUGGUGCUGACCUUCCAGAGCUCCCUUUGAGGGACUCUAUCUAUACGUGCUUACUGGAACCAAUUCUAAGAUCACACAGGCUGGUGUUGAUGGGCAAAACAUCCUUUAUAGCGCUUUCAUUUGAUUCCAGCCUGCUUAUAAGUGGAGUAGAUAUUCAGUGUGUUUACAUCCAUAUAUUUGUAAUCCUGUUGCCUUUUCAUCCUUCCGGGUAAAUCUAAUCCAUGUAUUUAUUCUUCUGGUUCAUCGCCACAAGCAGUAGCACGUGUUUACCUCCUAGCCAAUCACUCAGGAGGUGCCCGGUGAAAGUCGUGAACCGUAGCAGUGUUCGUGUUAAGCUUUCUCCUCCCUGUGCGUUUGAGUGAAAUGGCUCACCCCUUCAGAGGUUGAACGGUCCUCCAUCUAGACUUAGAAGUUGUUGUUUUUCCUUUUGUUUUCUGGCACUGAUUAAAAAAAUUAUCUAUAGUGACCUGGCUGUGAACAACUAGCAGGUUCUCUUUCUAUGAUACACUGUAUAUUAUCUCUUUCUUUAUUAUUAUUUUUUUUAAUAAAAAAACAAAACAACAACAUUUCAUUGCUUUAAAUUAAAAGCUAGACAGACAUUUAGCAAAAGCCAAAUGGUUUUAGUGUGAGUGUUCAGGUGACGAUUCAGACCUCUCAAUAUAAAAGAGGCCCUCUGGAUGAUCUAGAUAAUCCUAGAGUCAGUAUUAGGCUCUAUCCUCCACAAUGUAGAAUGAGUAGCUGGCAACAUAUUAAAGAAGAUUUCCGCAGCUACCGGACAGGUCCGUCCUCCAGAUGAGUUAAGAAUCGGGGACAUAUCUGUCGGCGCUCUCUAGCUUUUACCUAAAAUUGGACAUAUAUUGAUUUCAGUUGGUGAGAAGAGCAUGCUAGCUUGUCUCAUCCCUCUCAGUCAAGAUCAAGACCAAGACUGCUGCUCAGCAGAGACUUCAGUGUAUCAUAAUCUCGCCUGUUUUGAUCCAUUCUGUGCCAGUUUAAAUGACGGGACCAUUCUUUGGACAUCUGAUAAGACUGGCAGCCUUAAAGCUUCUUAAUUUAUUGCAGUGUUUUAUUUUUUGUUUUUUUGUUUUUCACUCAAGUUUUUAUUUUUUUUAUAAGCAAAUAUUUAAAUUGAGGAAAAAAAGUGCAUAUCAAGAUAAUGAUCAUUGUAAAUAUUGUUGUGUGUAGUGUUUUAGAAAUUCUAUAAGGUCUUAAAUCACUACAGAUGCUAGCAUAAAGAACAAGGCUUCAGGGGUGGGUUUGGCUGGGUGGUGUAUCUGGUGCCAUUCGAGUGCUGGUGAAGCUCACACAGUGACAUCAAUGUUUUUACAUCACUGCUUCACAGCACGGACUUUUUUUAGUAAAAAAAAAAAAAAAAUCUUAUCCCAUGAAUUUUAGAUUCCUCUCACGAUCUCGGAGGUGUUGUGCAUUCCUCCGGCCUCCCUGUACUCCACACGCAGCGGCGGCAGGUGGGACAUAUUGCGGAAGAUACAUAGGCGGUGGUCUUCUUGAUGAGGCUCACUGUUCUCGUGUCUGCCCGCGAUGUCUCUUCGCUGCCGACUGCAGCUUUGGAGUAAAGUGGAGGUCACAGGUGGGGAAAAAAAACGCACUUCAAGGCCAGAAACACGUCGGACGAAAACACCUCACGCUUACAAUGCAAUGAAACACAGGCACCCAAACCAGCGACACAAUCCACCCUAAAAUCCACACAAAUUAUUUUUUUGUACGAAAGCUAACUAUCAAAAAAAAAAAAAGGAUACAGAUCGCUAAAUUUAAUAUCUUCUCUGAUUGUAAGGAGACAAACUCUCCUUGAAUUGAAGCCAUUUGAAGCCACUUGUCAAAACUUGAUGUCAGCCUUAUGUGGAUCUGUUUGUGUAUUGGCAUAUUAUCUUUUGAUUAUUGAAAUUUGUAUGAUGGAGAUUUUCUUUUAUACCAUCAUUGUUAUUGUCAGAGUACACCAAUAAAAAGAAACUUGUAAAGAUGGA